AUGACCCACUCUUGCUCUUCCCCAUGCUGUCAGCCUAUCUGCUGCAGGAUCACCUGCUGCCAGCCCUGCUGCCCCCCAACUUGCUGUCAAACCACCUGCUGCAGGACCACCUGCUGCAAGCCUACUUGUGGGACCACCUGCUGCCAGCUCACCUGCUGUGGGUCCAGAAGUUGCCAGCCAGCUUGCUGUGCACCCGUGUACUGCCAUAGAACCUGCUACCACCCCACAUGCUACUGCCUGCCUGGGGGCCACGCCCAGAGCUGUGGAUCCAGCUGCUGCCAGCCUUGCUGCCACCCCAUCUGCUGUCAGACCACCUGCUGUAGGACCACCUGUUGCCGCCCCAGCUGUGUGUCCAGCUGUUGCCAGCCUUCCUGUUGCUGA